AUGCCUUGCCAAAAGUACACUACCAUUAACUUCGUCAUACGGGAUUCGGCAAGCACCAACGUUUUGAUCAAGUUGUUUUCCGAUUACGUUGUAAACGUGUUUGUUAUUCGCUCACCUCAAGCAAAGCGGAACUUGAACAAAGCAACAGGGGAUGCGUUUAAUGCCAGUGACGCUAUCAAAGGUAGAAGGGACUUUCCAGCGAUGAAUAACAAGUGGAUUAGCCUCUGUGAUACGUUCAGAACCAGACGAGACGAUGUUAAUUCUACUCGUAGUGCACCUCUUCAACACUGGGAGUUUCACAAUCUGAUGGAAUAG